AUGAAAUCAGCUGGAGGAGUAGCUACCGAUCGCCUACUUCCAACAUCCCAAACGCAGCAUUACCAUCAACAUUUCACGAGCUCUACGAUUACCAAACCGACAAAAAUUAUCAACGAAAGCGAGUUUCCAUCCCUGGGCGCGAAAGGAACUUCUUCACUCGGCGGCGGUUUCUCACCAAUUCCGACGACGAGCGGAGGCGUUUUGAACGUAGCCCAGUCGAACUCACCACUGAAGGAAACGUUUCCGAGUCGUGCCAACUAUGCUAACCUGAUGAGGGCAGAUCCCUCAUUAACAAGUUCGGAAUUCCAAAUUCAAAACGAGGAUUUUCCCGCGUUGCCCGGCGUGACUGCGGGACAAAAUUCCGGAUCCCAAUUAUCGAAUAUGAUCUCAUCCGAUCACCCCGAUGCUUUUUCGAAUACCAACGAUGAUUCAGAAGGUUUUGGUGUGUCAAGGAACUCCAGUGACACUUCUAAGGGUAUUAUAACUCAUCCCGAUGGAGAAGUUACUAACAUUCCACCAUCAAUGCUGGCCGAUCAAUUUGGAAUGGCGGGUCUUGUAACCUACCUACGAACUGUGGAUAAUCCAUCGAUAGUCUCGUUGGCACUCGGCUAUGACUUAACAACGUUGGGGCUGAAUUUAAAUUUGUCCGAAAGGCAUUUGUACACAACAUUUGGAGGUCCUUGGGCAGAUUCUCCAAUAAAACCGCACGAGCUUGACGUCAAGGUGCCCGACGAGUACAUGACGAACAUACACAUUCGCGAGAAGCUUCCACCGAUCAAAAUGAAUAAGCUCGCCGAAGAUGUGCUUUUUUAUCUCUUCUACAAUUUCCCAAACGAGCUGUACCAAUUGGCUGCCGCGCACGAAUUGUACCAACGAGAAUGGCGAUUUCAUAAAGCCGAAGGCGUUUGGCUGACGCGUUCGCAGUAUGGAGGGAUCAAGGAGCAAACGGGAACCUAUGAGAAAGGGCACUACAAUGUUUUUGAUCAUUUGCAGUGGCGAAAAAUUCCGAAAGAAUUGAAGCUUGAAUAUAAGGAGCUUGAAGAAAGACCAAAGUUGCCAACGAAUGUGCCGAACGCACCAACAAGUGGAGUGUCUACUAGCCUCCUCUCGAUGAAUCUAUUUCCAAAUGGCGGUAGUGGUGCCUCGACGCCACCACCACUAGCGGCGGGUAUUAAUGGUAAGACGAAGGAGAUUUACGACAUUCGAGGGUUUCCGGAUUUUGUGCUUAUUCGCUCAAAAGAUGUAUUAACGGCUUUUAACGCUGAACGCCGAAAUGAAAUAAGCGGCAAAUCGACAAUUGCUAAUCAAACCACAGUUCAUGUUUUCAAUUAUUUCAAAGAAUUGAACUUCGAAACGCAUUUUGUUCAAGCAAUCAGUUCAAUCGAAUUUGUCGCUAGAAAAUGUGAAAUGAUUCCGAUUGAAUGGGUCGCAAGGCGUGUCGCUACUGGAUCGUUUCUCAAACGAAAUCCGGGCGUUGCCGAGGGUUUUCGAUUUUCUCAGCCAAAAAUCGAGACAUUUUUCAAAGACGACGCGCAAAAUGAUCCGCUGUGGAGCGAUGAGCAAAUUUUGUCGGCGAUCAUGAUUGUUGGCGGUGUUCGCAUUCGACGAGAUCAAAUCCAACUGAUGAAGCGUCAAACGUGCUUGGUGUUCCGUUUAUUGGAAAAAGCGUGGCAACAACACAAUUGUGCGCUGAUUGACAUGAAAAUCGAGUUUGGCGUGACGAACGACGGAAGAAUUAUUCUCGCCGAUGUGAUCGAUAAUGAUUCCUGGAGGGUUUGGCCAAACAAUGAUCGAAGGCUUCAACUUGAUAAGCAAGUGUAUCGCGAUAUGGCAAAUGUUACGAACGAGGGACUUCAGCAGAUCAUUCAGAAUUACACAAAGGUUAUGAAGCUCACUGAACAGUUUAUUGAUGAUAAAGCGACUUGUCGCGUUGUUAUUAUCAUGGGCUCGUCGGCGGAUCGAGAUUUUGCGCAAAUUAUCGCCAAAGAAGCUGAGAAUUUGGGCGCUAACGUGAUAACAAUCGUCAGUUCGGCACACAAGACUACUGAAGAAACUCUGGAGAUUGUGCGUGAUUAUGAGGACACCCCAAUGCCGACGGUGAUCAUUGCGGUUGCCGGCAGAUCGAAUGGCCUGGGCCCGGUGAUCGCUGGCAACACAACUCUUCCAGUUAUCAACUGCCCACCCAUCGACAACUAUAAUGAUGUUUGGUCGUCGUUGCGAAUGCCGUCGGGAAUCGGCUGCACAACGGUAUUGGAUCCAAAAGAAGCGGCGUUGGCGGCGGCAAAAAUUUUGAUGAGAUCCAAUCAUUUGAUAUUUGGCAAAAUUCUCACCGCCCAAUUUCACCAUCAACUCAAUGUCUAUGAAGCAAAUAUGGAAAUUCAGAAGAAAUAA